AUGACUCAAGAACCCAAUGUCAUAAAAAAGCAGUGCCGAGAACUAGAGCUGGACAGCGUGAUUGUCUUCACAGACCGUGCCGAAUUGAAGCGAGUGGUACACUGCGAGCUCAAGCCUGGUCUCAAUGAGAUUCACAUUCAGAACAUCCCGAAAUAUGCAGUGGAUGAAUCAGUUCGAGUCGACGGAAAAGGGGAUGGCAUUGUUCAUGAUGUCCAAAUACGUCACGAGCCCACUCAAGAAAAGGACGAUUCUGAAAAGAAGCCUUCGAAUCCAGAGGGAUCUGAUAAGAAAUCUUGGGAGGUACAUUUGCUGAAAGUCAAGGAAAGUUUACUGGUCAAAAGAAUAGACGUCCUAGAUAAACUUAUUGUAAAGGUUGGCGACAGCUUCGCGAAUAAUUCAAACCGAAAUGAUUCAAGUCAAGAUAUAUUGAGAGUUACAUUACCUAUGAAUUUGUUGCUUGGAGAUUUUUUGGGAAAUUUAAAGACUUUUCUCAACAGUCUUGAGACAGAUUACAUUGCACUUCAAACAGAUUUAUAUAGCGUGAGAAAAGAGCUGAAAGCUACAGAAGAAGCUCUGAGUAAGGCAUCUAAUUCUAAGAAGAAUAUGCAAGAGUCACUUUUCCGAUGUGAGAACAACAUCAGAACAAUUGUUAUCACCUUGGAAAGCGAAAAAGGCGGUGAUGUUGAUGUGGAUGUUAGUUAUCAAGUGAAUAAAGCCCGUUGGAUGCCCUCUUAUGAUAUUCGUUAUGACACUAGGGAAACGAACUCAUUGAAAGUUACUUACUACGGCAACAUCUCUCAAAAUACGGAUGAAGACUGGAAAAGUGCCAAAAUGAUUCUCUCAACUGCUCAACCUUACCUGGGAGGAAAGUUACCAAAGCUGGGAAUACUUGAAGCAGUCAUACAUCGCCCUCCACCACUCCAGCAAGCUUCUACUUCGAGCGGAGGUCUUUUUGGUGGAGUGCCAUUCACCCAAAAUACCACUUCGCUCUUUGGUGCUGCAGGACCAGCUUGCCAAAACAGUGCUCAACGCUUUGGGUUCAGCUCAGCGCCAUCUGCCGAACCUCCACCAAAGCCGCUAUUUGGGGUAUCAACUGCCUCGGUCUCCGAACCACAUCCCUUGAACACCGAGUUUACUAUCGCCAGACCAAUACUUAUACCAUCCGAUGGUGCGUCUCACAGGGUUACUAUCGGCAUCAUAGAUGUUGAGCCGUUAGUAGCUCGCGAAUGCGUUCCUUCAAAGAAUACAAAUGUAUUUCUUAUUGCGCAUUCGAUUAAUUCCUCGGAUUUGCCUUUUCUAAAAGGUGACGCACAUAUCUACCACAAUAACAGUUUCGUCUGUAAGACAUCCAUGAACAAUGUCUCUCCAGGCGACAGAUUUUCGACUUCAUUGGGAGUUGACACAUCACUGAAUGUAGACUAUAAACCAGUAAAAAAAUUUUAUGAGCAGGUUGGUUACCUUACCAAAGGUUCAUCGAUGAUGCAUGACCAAAUGAUAGUGGUGAAGAACCCUCGAAAUGACCCUGUAUUGUUGACUAUUAGAGAACCGAUACCUCGAAGUACAGAUGAAAGAAUAAAGAUCAAACUUGUGAAUCCCUCCCCUUCUUCUGUACAGGAAACGCAGGAGAAGUCAGAAGAUCUCAAAUCGGAAGCAAAACUGCCCACGAUGGGUGCAAAAAUGAUCGGUAGCAACCUUGAAUGGACAGUGUCGAUACCGGGUGGAAAAGCUGAAGAGCUUCACAUGCUGGAUGAAGGUGCACCCACUGUGAUCAAAAAAGAGUGUCGCGACCAACAACUCGCACGAGUGGUUGUAUUCAAUGAUCGAGCUGAAUUGAAACGUGUAGUGGAGUGUGAGCUGAAACCCGGUCUAAAUGACGUAUACCUUGAGAACGUAACUAAUCAUAUCAUAUAUGAUUCGGUUCGCGUCGAUGGUCGAGGCGAUGGCUUUAUUCAUGACGUCCAACUUCAGGAUAAAUCUGUUACACCCGAAGAUACAGACUCACCGAAAGCCAAGGAACUACGAACAAACAUUGAGCAAAAGGAACAGGAGGUAUACACACUUCAAGAUAGGGUUGGUAUUUUGCAAAGAAGAAUCGAGGUGCUGGACAGAGUCGUCGGAGAGGUUGGUAGCGCUGUCGUUUCGCGCCCAAAGACAGAAAACGAUUCGUUUACAUUGGAUAAUGGGACACUAGACAACCUCACUUCAUUCUUUAGCUUUUACGACAAAAGUUCUACUGAAAUUCGAGCGGAACAUCGGAGUGUUCAAAAAAGCCUCGAAAAGGCGGAAAGGGAGCUCGCAGUUUUGCGACUACAGCUUGAGCAGGAGAGUGUUGAUUCUACUAUUCUUCAUCAUUGCAAAACAAUCAUUGUUACCCUUGAAAGUAUAGAAGGCGGUAAAGUUGAGCUGGAGAUUACCUAUCAGGUUGACUGUGCUUCCUGGAGACCGUCAUACGAUAUCCGGGUGGAAACGGGCGAACACCAAUCUCUUAAGAUUGUUUAUUAUGGAAUCAUUUCACAAUCAACCCAGGAAGACUGGUCCAAUGCUUCUUUGGUACUUUCAACGGCUCAACCAUCUCUGGGAGGACAUCUACCGGAACUAGGUGUCUUGGAAGCCGUAUUUUAUCGUCCAACGCCUCCUGCUGAACCACACCCUUUCCCAGUGAAAUUGCGACGAAAAAUCGGGAGCCCAACCAGAGGGUCUAGAAGUGGUUCCAUGCCUUUUGCUAUGACUGAAUCUUUAUCUGUGAUGGAUGAUGAGGAGCUAGUCAUGGAAGAAGUUGAAGCUCCCAAGCUUGCUCAAGCUAAGGUAGCGCUGGUUGCUCCUGACGAGGCACAUGCUCUAAGUACUGAGUUUGUAGUGUCCAAACCAGCAGCAAUCCCAUCUGAUGGAGCCGAGCACAAAGUUACCAUUGGGAUAGUUGAUGUUGAACCUAUUUUGGUUCACGAAUGCGUCCCCUCCAAGAAUACCAGCGCGUUUCUAACUGCUUCGGCGGUGAAUAAUUCUGACCUUCCGUUCUUAGCCGGCGAAACUUCCGUUUAUCUGAACAAUAGUUUUGUAUCGAAAGGUACCAUAAGUAACGUAUCGCCAGGUGAAAGGUUCUCUUGUUCGUUGGGAGUUGAUACAGCUCUGCGGAUCGAGUACAAGCCAGUCAAAAAAUAUCAUGAGCAGACCGGACUUAUAUCAAAAAGCUCAUCUACCGUACAUGACCAACUGAUUACGAUCAAAAACACGCGCAAUGACCCUGUUCUGCUAACUUUGAAGGAACCUAUACCUCGAAGUACUGAUGAGAAAAUAAGGAUAAGACUCAUCAACCCAACAAUUGCACCAAUAGAUGAAGCAAACUCGAAUAACAAACUAGAAGACCUCACCAUCGCUGCGGAAACUCCAAGACAGGGAGCGAAAAUGAAGGGAAGCAUUUUGGAAUGGACUCUGUCAAUUCGUGCAGGAAUGGCCAGCGAGCUUCAUGUGAAAUGGGCCAUCGAUCAUCCUGCCAACGAAACCGUUCAAUUUAUUGAGCGCCCAUCGAAGAAAAGCAGCUCUUUUUAACCUUUUUUCUGUGAUAUAACAAAUAUUCUGAUGUAUCUUUGGGUUCAAAAACCGAAGACGUUAAUGUGCAAAUCAAAAAUUUGUUUACUGACCUUUUAUGAGAAGAAUGAAUAAUGAAUUUAGGCACAUAUGUG